AUGUAUUUGAUAGUAGUAGUUGUAUGGUUUACUACUUCAUUGACGUUAUGCUCGGGUUUCACGCAGUAUAUUAUGUCUGGCGGUCAAGCGUACGGUUUUAUAACGGAGCUUUUAUUUGAUGUUUUCUCUUCGAAAGAACUGCAUUGUUUCUACGAAAAUUUUCUGCUGUACAGCGAUAUAAGUAUUUCUAUUCGAGCUUUUGAUACUGAAUCGCAAUUGAUACAUAUGCGAAUUAGAUCACCGAGCAAAAAUAUUAGUAAGUGGUAUGAAGGGAUCGAUCAAGCGCAAUUUGCCGGAAUGUUACGCGAAGAAGGCGUAUAUGAAAUUUGCACGAAAGUAAACUUAGCAAAUGCACGACACGUACGUUUAAUGUUGGUCAUCUACGCUCAUCAUCGAGGAACAAAGAACAAGGCUGAGAGACUUAAAAAACAACACCAUGAAUCGACCGAAAAUAUGAAUGAAUCAAUUAACCGUUUGAGAGAAACGAUAACUUCUUCAGCACUUGCACUGAAGCAAAUGAAAUCAACAAGUGAUAUACAUUUGCAAAUUAAAAAUGCCAAUAACAUUGAUAUGUUUUCGUCAAUACAAACAAUUGUUAUUCUAUGCACAGCGGCUGUGCAAAUUCUUGUUAUUCGAAAAUUUUUUUCCAACACUCGCUCUCAAAAAUUUGUUGUUAUUAAAUAG